AUGGCUUCUUCUCUGGAUACAAUGGGGAUUUUGGUUAUUUCUGUGGCUACUGCCGAAAGGUUCUCGAUAAUUGCUCAACCCAACUCUUUAACUAUUGCUACAGAGCAGAAUAAUAUCAAACAAUGUCUUUUUCUUAAACUAAAGAAAAAUAUAAAAGAAACAAGAGACCGUUAUAUUACUCGAUAUGAUAUCAUUCAUGCCACAAAUAAUGCGGAUAUGACUAUGCCAAACACUAAUAUGAUGACGAAUAACGUGAUGAAUUGA